AUGAGACUCAUCAUAGCAACAGCCGUUUACUUUGCCAUGGCGGCAUCUGGUCUCUCUCGCCAGAAAAGGGUGGACCUAAGCCCAGACCAGCUCACCUUCCGUCCAGCCUCCCGACCAAACGGCAUAGGCAUCCUCGUCAUCCCCGGCGGCGGCUACGAGACCGUCUCCCUCGACUUCGAGGGCGCCAACACUACGGCCUAUCUCAACGAGCGCGGCUACGACGCCUGGGUCCUGGACUACUCCGUCGCCACCACGGCCUCGACACCCCUGUACCCUGCGCCCAUGGACCAGGCCCUCGAGGCUGUGGCUGCCAUCCGUGACCAGGACCGCGGCGCUGCACUCUCCAAGCUGGGCAUCUGGGGCUACUCUGCCGGCGGGCACCUGGCCGCCAUGACCGUCACCAAUCCGGACGCCGCUCUGGACUUUGGUAUCCUGGCUUACCCCGUCAUCACGAUGGACCCGGCGCACGCGCACAUGGGCUCGCGGGACAACCUCAUCGGCACGGACCCUUCACCCGACCUGCAGGCCGCCACGUCGGCUGAGAACACCGUCACUGGCUCUACCCCGCCGAUAUUCCUGUUCCACACAUCAGAUGACGCCACCGUAGACGUGGAGAAUACCCUGCUCUUUUCCAACGCCAUGGCUGCCAAGGGGAGGCUGUUCCAGACCCUGAUACUGCCUAGUGGCCAGCAUGGACUAGGCCUCGCGCUUAACGAUCCCGUGCGAAAUUGGACGCCCGAGCUGGAGCGAUGGAUGAAGUAUUCUAUCUAA